AUGCAAAGCACUGCCCCUGCCACGAGCUCUGCAAUUCACUAUGCUCCUCCAUACGGGUGGCAGCCGAUCAUGUCUCCCAAUACCAUGAUGGUCUCAACUUCGAAUUGCCCGCCAGUAGUGGAAUACCCGGUUAGGCUCGUGGAUGCCAGAUAUUCCACUGAAGUUAUUUGUGAAGUUAAUCAGAAUGUGGCUAUUGUGGAGAAGCGCUCGCCCGCUGGGAUUGUUUUCAUCCCUAUCCUACGAUACCUUUCUUUCACCUGCGCAAAGUUCCAUCGUCGGAAGGAAUCCAAUAAUGAGUAUACACUGGGAGACAUAUACCUAGCCAUAAUGUCCGAAGCUGGAUGUGUGGGGGCAAACCCAUACAUUUCGCCCAUUUUAUGUCGGCUGCAGACCCAGCUGAUGGAUGGCACUUUUGCCUGUAGUGAGCAGGGGCAAUUCACGCAGCUCCUAAUCUAUCUACACCGGCCUAUCAAAAUCCGCAGACAAGGGGUCAAUAUUGUCUCGCCUGAGGGGCCAGACGAGCUCGAAGACGCAAUAUUUGAGCAUUUGAUUCCCUAUCAUUGCGAAGGUCGGGAUUAUCCUGGAUACUACUGGAUGUACAUCUCCUUACCUGCCUUUGGUGGUUAUGUACUCAACACGAUGGGGAUCCCCAAGCAUCUCCUAAACAUGUUCCGAUCGGGGUAG